AUGGGGAAGGGUACUAAUUUGUUAUGUUUUUCCAUUCUGUCACUCAACCAGCUACUCUUCAUUUCUCCAUGCAACCUUUUCUUGUGCAAUCUCUUAUCAAAUCUGCAAAAAGAAAGAUCUUUUGUGAAUCACCCAGGACAUCAACUUACUGAUACAGUACGUUUGAUUGGAUAUGAAACUAUAAUUGCUAACAUACGAUUGGAAAGAGUUGAUGAAAAGAUAUAUUUAGCUGGCGGAUGGGAACACUUUUUUUACCAUCAUAACUUACAAGAUGGUUAUCUUCUUGUGUUUGAAUAUAACGAGAAUUCUACAUUCAAUGUCAUGGUAUUAGACCAUUCGGGGCAAGAGGUAAUAUACAACUUUGAUAUUCUUGAAAAAGACACUUUACUUAUAGGUAAUCUUGUCUUUGAAGUAACAUUAGCAGCUAAUCACAACGAUCAUCGAAAAAUUGUAAGUAUAUACUUGGAAGGCAAGUAUUGA